CUGUUUAAAAAUGAAAAAUAUUUCUUACGUGGCAAAACCGCAAGCGUUUGCCCAUAAAUAGAGAGUAGAGACCGCCCUUGUUUUCCUCAGCAGGAAAUAUAGCGUGUUUUGUAGACCAAUCAUACGAUUUAGCAGCGCGCCUUCUCACUUCCAGGACAGAAUUUUUUUGAGAAAUGGGCAAGAGAAAGGCCAAGGCAAAGCCUGCAGCUAGGAAGCGAACGGACAAGCUGGAUACAGUUUUCUGUUGCCCUUUCUGCAACCAUGGGAGCAGCGUUGAGUGUCGCAUUGACAUGAAAAACUUGAUUGGCGAGGCUAUCUGUUGCAUUUGCCAAGAGAAUUUCAGCACAACUGUCACAGCUUUGACUGAACCAAUAGACAUAUACAGCGAAUGGAUAGACGAAUGCGAGAGGGUCAACACUGUCGAUGAUGACGGUGCUUAGGUGGAAAGUUCAGUCGUAUUGUAAAGGAAAGAGAGCGCUGGAAGGUUCUGUGCCCUUGUGUCCAAUUAAGUACUAACGAACCUUAUUCGUGCUUUGGUUGUGAACGUAGUAGUUUUGAACCUAUGCAGGCAAAUGUAUAUUGAUAUCGUUCUGUUUAUUGAGUGAGCAUAUAUAAAUACAUGUACUGUAACAUACUCGUAACGUUAUGCGAUAAUGGAAUAAAUAAGAUAUCGUGUUGCUGUC